AUGUGGUGUUUCUCCCGGGCUGUCGCUUUUCAGAGGGCUGCAUGCGGCGGCUUAGCGGGCCGGCGGCCUUGUGCAUUACCUCCGCCUUGCCGGCGACAACAACAGAGCAAGGCUGCUGGCGAGCGGCUGUUCUCCAAGGGCCAACCGGCAGCAUCAGCGGACGGUGCAGUGUCCAGCGGCCGGCCGAAUCGGGAGACGAGGAGCAAGCCAUACCUCGCGGCCACAGCUGUGGGUGUGGGUGUCUGUAUUUUUGGCUAUGUCUGCUACCGCAGCAGCAGCAACGACCAGACAGCGCGUGGGCUGAACGGCGAGUCGUUUGCGCCGUUUGUGGUAGUUGGCCGCGAGCCGGUUUCGCCGACGGCAGUGGUGUUGACGCUGCAGCCGGGGCGCAUGAUGUCGCCGGCGGCUCGCGAGGUGACCCGGACAGCCAUUGCGGAGGCCUGGCGUCGCGGCAGCACGUGGGCCGUCGAGGCGAAGCAGCCGCAGCUGCAGAUUGCGCGAGAGUACACGCCGCUGCCGCCGCGAGAGGCCGACAACAUUGACACCGUCCGUCUCUUUGUCCGGGUCGUGCCCGGCGGCGAGAUGUCCAAGUAUCUCGUGCAGCGUGCGGUCGGCGACACCGUCGGCCUGCGUGGACCUCAGCUGGGCUUGGACGUGGCGCGGCGACUGAGCCCCGACGGCGGCCGCGUGCUCUUUCUCGCUGCCGGCACGGGCAUCGCGCCCGCAUUGCAGGCAGCCUCGGCGGCACUGCGGACGGAUGACACGAACAAGCGCAACAGCAGCACGUCCGUCACCAUCCUGUGGGCCAACCGGAUGCGUCAGGACGGCGACGGCAGCCCCAUCAUGCGGGACCUGCAGGCCAUGCAGCAGCAGUAUGGCCAUGACCGGCUGCAGGUACACUGCUUUGCCGACGAGGACCGCUCGUUCAUCACAGAGGCGGCCGUGCGAGAAAGUCUGGGCAGCCCGGGAGAGCGGACAUCGUGGUGGCCGUGGAAGCAGCAACAGGGAAACGAGAAGGCGUCCGGCACCACAGAGACCACGUUUGUGCCGGCGACCAGCUGCCAGUUCCACUCGACGACGGCGCUGCAGAGACCUGUUCCAGGAGACCGGCCGAACGUGCUCCUCGUCUCCGGACCGGACGGUUUCGUCUCGUCCUGGGCCGGGCCCAAGAGGUGGGCAGGCGGCCAGGAGCGACAGGGUCCCCUGGGCGGCGUUUUGGGGGCACUGAAGAUGCGGUGUGCGCCUGUCUUGGAUAGCUGGCUGGUACUCAAGCUGUGA